CACACCAAACCUCUGGACAUGGACCCCAAACCAGAGGAGAAGUUGGUCGAGCGUGGUCAGUGGACCAACAAGAUGGAAUUUAUCCUGUCUGUGGCUGGGGAGAUCAUCGGCCUGGGGAAUGUGUGGCGAUUCCCUUACUUGUGCUACAAGAAUGGAGGAGGUGCGUUCUUCAUCCCGUACCUCAUCUUCCUCUUCACCUGUGGGAUACCGGUGUUCUUCCUGGAGACGGCUCUGGGCCAGUACACCAGCCAGGGAGGCAUCACCUGCUGGAGGAAGAUCAGCCCCCUGUUUGAAGGAGUCGGGUAUGCCACUCAAGUCAUCGUGGCCCUUCUGAAUUUCUAUUACAUCAUUGUCUUGGCCUGGGGGAUAUUUUACCUGCGGUAUUCAUUCACCUGGGAUCUGCCUUGGGCCUCGUGCAACAAUACAUGGAACACAGAAACUUGCACUGAAUUCCAGAGGAGGAAUGAUUCUCUAGACCCCGGUCAUUAUGAGAAUGCUACUUCUCCAGUCAUUGAAUUUUGGGAGAGGAGGGUGCUGCGGAUCUCCUCUGGUAUUGACCACAUGGGGGCGCUCCACUGGGACCUGGCCCUCUGCCUCCUCAUCGCAUGGGUCAUGUGCUACUUCUGCAUCUGGAAGGGCGUCAAAUCCACCGGCAAGGUGGUUUAUUUCACGGCGACGUUCCCCUACGUCAUGCUGGUGAUCCUGCUCAUCCGAGGAGUCACGCUGCCCGGAGCCAUCCGAGGGAUUCAAUACUACCUUUACCCAGACCUGAGUCGACUGAGCGACCCACAGGUUUGGAUGGAUGCAGGGACCCAGAUCUUCUUCUCCUACGCCAUCUGUCUGGGAUGUCUCACUGCGCUGGGCAGUUAUAAUAAGUACAACAAUAACUGCUACAGGGAUUGUCUGGCGUUGUGUUUCCUCAAUAGUGGGACGAGCUUCGUAGCCGGCUUUGCCAUUUUCUCCAUACUUGGUUUCAUGUCGUAUGAACAGAAUGUGCCCAUUUCUGAAGUGGCAGAAUCAGGUCCCGGCCUGGCCUUCAUUGCCUACCCGCGUGCUGUCUCCAUGAUGCCGUUCUCACCUGUGUGGGCUUGCUUCUUCUUCAUCAUGAUCGUCCUGCUGGGUCUGGAUAGCCAGUUUGUGUGCGUGGAAAGCUUGGUGACCUCUGUGGUGGACAUGUACCCCACGGUGUUCAGGCGGAAAAACAGAAGGGAGCUUUUUAUCCUGGCUGUGUCUGUGGUGUCCUACAUGGUCGGACUGAUCAUGCUGACUGAGGGGGGCAUGUACGUCUUCCAGCUGUUUGACUACUACGCUGCCAGUGGGAUGUGUCUUCUGUUCGUGGCCAUUUUUGAGACCGUCUGCAUCGCAUGGGUCUAUGGUGCUGAUCGUUUCUAUGACAACAUCGAGGACAUGAUUGGCUAUCGACCUGGGCCAGUCAUAAAAUACUGCUGGCUUUUCUUCACACCCGCUACCUGCUUUGGCACAUUUGCCUUUUCCCUGAUUAAGUACACUCCCCUCAAGUACAAUAACGAGUAUGUGUACCCGUGGUGGGGCUACGGACUGGGCUGGCUGCUGGCUCUCUCCUCCAUGGUCUGCGUGCCUCUCGGAGUGGCCUACCAUCUUUACACCACCAAAGGAACACUCAAGGAGCGUUUACACUAUCUGACCCAGCCCUCUGUGGACUUGCCCAAGACCAAGCGGGAGCAGCAGAAACUGCUGUCACUCUACCCAGCAGCAGAAGCGGAGGGUCUACUGCACCCCCAGAGAACACUCUCCAACAUGGAUGGCUACCAGAGUGCUGAGUCCAACUGCUAGGAGCCACCAGAGAAUCUCUAUUGACCCUUCAGAGUUACGUCGUCACUGACUGCGCGUGCAUUGUUGGCUCAAACACACACACACACACAGACAGUGCAGACCGAGAGAAGACAUGAUGUCCUGAAGUGCAUAAAAAUAGAGAUCCUAAUAAGUACACUUGUUACGCUAUUCUGAGAGGUAAUAGGCUGUUCCAGAAGCAAAGGAGAUGUUUGUGGCUACAAGAAAUUAAACUUACCGACUGGACUGAGGACACCAUCAGGAAUG